AUGUCGAACCGGUCACCCAUCGAAGAGUUUGCCGAGCGCGCCCGGCGCGCCAUGCAGCAGAACCGCGGCCGCGUACCCAAGUUCGGAGCCGGCGGCCCCGGCGGCGGUGGUAACCCUCUGGCCCUGGGAGCCCUCGCCGUCCUCGGUAUCGGCGGCGCUGUGCUGCUGCAGAACUCGCUGUUCAACGUCGACGGUGGCCACAGAGCCAUCAAGUACAGGAGGAUCAGCGGUGUGAGCAAGGAGAUCUACACCGAAGGCACGCACUUGAUGAUCCCGUGGUUCGAGACCCCGAUCACGUACGACGUCCGAGCGAAGCCGAGAAACGUCUCCUCCCUCACCGGAACCAAGGAUCUGCAGAUGGUCAACAUCACAUGCCGUGUUCUGUCGAGGCCCGAGGUCAACGCUCUGCCCCAGAUCUACAGAACCCUGGGACAGGACUACGAUGAGCGUGUCCUGCCCUCCAUCGUCAACGAGGUCCUGAAGAGCGUCGUUGCCCAGUUCAACGCCAGCCAGCUGAUCACACAGCGUGAGAUGGUCGCCAAAUUAGUACGGGAGAAUCUGUCGAGAAGAGCUGCCAGGUUCAACAUUCUGCUGGACGACGUGUCGCUCACGCACCUUGCCUUCUCGCCGGAGUUCACGGCGGCUGUUGAGGCCAAGCAGGUUGCGCAACAGGAGGCGCAGAGGGCUGCCUUUGUCGUCGACAAGGCACGACAGGAGAAGCAGGCCAUGGUUGUCAGGGCACAGGGUGAGGCUCGCUCGGCCGAGCUGAUCGGAGACGCCGUCAAGAAGAGCAAGGCCUACCUUGAGCUGAAGAAGAUCGAGAACGCCCGUCUCAUUGCCACACAGCUCCAGGAGGCUGGCGGAAGGAACAGGCUGAUGCUGGACUCGGAGGGUCUUGGCCUCAACGUCUUUGGCGACGAAAUCAGCAAGAAGCCGUGA